CUUAACUGUGAAUAGCUUAAAGUAUUUAGAGGUCUACGUGACUCCUGAAGUGAAGAUUUUCGAUAGGUAAUGCUGCGAAAAAUGGCAUCUUAGGACUACCAUAGGAACUGUACCAUUUCUACUGUUUAGAAAUUUUCAUAUAAUUUUGACGAAGUUAUAGAGGACUUGACCUUAAAGUCCAUAAAAGCCACGCUGUUGUCGGUGUCCUUGAAGCUGGAGGAAAGAGAAGAGCGGAAAGGGAAGAGUGGAAAGAGGAGAAAGAAAAGAGACAACCUGUUACACGGUGCACGGUCACGUAUCGCAAUGUCAGUAUAGAGGUAACUCUCCGACAGGAUAGGUAGUACGCGAGUACUUGGGACUCUCGAGGCAGCCUGAAUGAGAAUUUGGUAGCAACUAGAAUCAUGUUACUGAAGAUCGUGUCUUGCACGACCCUGUGUUACUUGGCCACAGCAGCGUCACUCGGGGUGCUUCUGCUUCUAUUGGCGGUGUACUUUUACGCUCAGUACACAUUGGGAAUUUGUAAGAGCAAGACCAACAUGGCCGGGAAAACUGUGAUAAUAACCGGUUGCACUUCCGGCAUCGGAAAGGAGACAGCAAGGGACAUCGCGAAGAGAGGCGCCAGACUCAUUAUGGCCUGUCGGAACACGGAUGCGGCGAAUAAAUUGAAAGAGGAAUUGAUCAAGGAAUCGAACAACAACAACAUCAUCGUCCGGAAACUAGACCUUUCGUUGCUGUCAUCGGUGAGAGAGUUCGCGGAACAAAUAAAUCGCGAGGAGAACAAGUUGGAUGUGUUGAUACACAACGCCGGAACGGCCGAAGUGUUUAGGAAAAAAGUGACAGAGGACGGUCUGGAAAUGACUAUGGCAACAAAUCAUUACGGGCCAUUUUUGCUUACCCAUCUCUUAAUCGAUUUGUUGCGACGAUCGAAACCGAGCCGUAUAGUUGUCGUCGCCUCGAGCUUGUACGUUUUUGCUAGAGUGAAUCUUAAUAACAUCAACCCGACGACAACUUUGCCUGGAUACUUAUACUACGUUUCCAAAUACGCCAACAUCAUGUUCACGUUGGAAUUGGCGCGACGCCUCGAAGGUUCCGGCGUGACUGCGAAUUGUCUGCACCCUGGUCUGAUGAGCACUGGAAUUUGGAAGAAUGUCCCACCACCAAUGUCCUGGUUGGUGAACUUUUUGCUGAACAAUCUCUGCAAAACGCCGGAACAGGGAGCGCAAACAACCAUACAUCUUGCCACCUCCGAGGAGGUCGAAGGAGUUUCCGGCAAAUAUUUCUCCGAUUGUCGUGAGAGCUCACUGUGCUGCGGUGUGGCGGAUCCAUCCAAAGGCAAGAAAUUCUGGGAACUCAGCGAAGGCAUAGUGAAACUCCAACCAACGGAUCCAAAAAUUUAAGAAAUCAUUCCUCCCAAAAUGUUUAAGCAUUGCGAGGCUUUCGUCGCAGUUUAAUCUACUGUACUUAAUAUAUAUAAUAUCAAUGAAGAAUAAAGGAAACGAACGAUGACAGUAA